AUAUCGGGAAUUCCACCGUUUCGAUGUCUCCCUUUGUAGUAUGACUGAGAAUUAAAACCGCUAUGGAUCAAAGUUUGAAUGAUUGAAGUUGAAUUCUGGACCCAAACAAUUGGCAAAGAGCAUGUUAAUCUCAUUGAUACUAGAAUCGGAGAUCAUGGACGAAAAGCUGGACGUGAGCAAUUUGGACGAGAAUUGCUUGAGCCUAGAAGAAGACUGUUGUCCGGUAAACACGGAAGGAGAAUCCGGGUACUUCUCCGCCAUUAGUUUACACCAGAGUGUGAAAGAUGGCUACAACUCUUCACUGCAAGAGUGGCCCUACUCAGACUUAAGUUUGUCCAAGCCGAGUGUGACUGGGGAUGACUUUUACUCCCGCUCAUCUCACUCGAGCUUUAGGCCACGUGAGACUCGGGAUACACCAGUCAGUCCUGGAAUCAGUCAACCGUUACAAAGUCUUGACCUUUCUAGGGGUCAUUGUCAUCGUUCAUUAGGUCAUGGACCAUUAGGUCAUGGGCGCAGGGAGGAAGAAGGGACAAGUUUAAGUUAUCCGAAAAAAACCAACAACUCACAGCUUCUUGAAGCACUAUGGCAGAAUCAAACCGAGCGGGCCGCGUCUCUUAUCAGAAACAUAGCAGACGACGACAGAGAACGUCUGAAUCUUCCGAAUGGAAACUUACAGACGGUGCUCCACGUGGCGACACUAUUGAAAAUGGUCGAAAUAGUUCACCUUCUAGUAAAAGAAAAAGCGGAUAUAACUCAAUGUGAUAACCGAGGAGAAACGCCUCUACACAUAGCAUGUAGAGAAGGUUAUAUAGAAAUCAUAAAAGUCAUCCACAGCAACGCAAAUAGACAGACUGUCCUAAGAUCACUGGACGCUAGGAACUUUGAGGGUCUCAACUGUUUACAUUUAGCCGCAGUUAACCUCCAUUUUGAUAUGGUUAAACUGCUAGCUGACAUUGGCGUUGAUGUCAAUGCAAAGGAUGGGAUGUAUCACUUUACAAUUCUCCAUUAUGCCGUAGAAAAGAACAGCGAAGAAUUAUUGGAGUGCGUGUUAAACUUAGAAAACAUUAGUUUGACAGAAACGAGUUACUCGGGAGAAACUGCCUUACAACUCGCUGAAAAAUAUAGAUAUUGUGGAUUGACUAAAAUGCUAAGGGAGCACUUUAGUAGCUAUUCACCUGAAUAAAAAUGGUUUUUAACAAAUAUACAUUUACAUUUACUAGUACUUUGUACAUUUGUUUGGCUUUAAAUUGUACAUUUGUUUUACUCACUGAUAUAUCAUUACUUUUUAUCAGCAUAUUUUAGUUUGUAGAUUAUCAAACGUAAUUUUGUAUAUUCUGAUCAAUUACACAACGCAUUCUUAGUAUAAUGAUUCAUCACUCAUGUGUAUCAGUUGAUACAAACCCUAACUUAAAAUCAUGAAAGUCAAAUGUCGGAUUUUGAUUAUUGUCGAUUUGUCAUCAAAAUUAUCGACAACUUUUAAUAAUGAGAAAGCUUGUUUUUCGGCAUUAUUGAAUAUUGAGUGUAGCUGAAUCUACCUCUGAAUAUUUUAUUUAUCUAAAACAAACAAACACGGUGUAUGCUUGCGAAAUAACAAUUAUUUAUAAAUCUUAUGUUAUCAUCUAGAUGCUCCUAUUUAGAUUUUAUCCAGGUUUCAUUAGCAUUGUUUAAAUAGAACUAUUCAUGAUUUGGAACCAAUUUUAAAAUAAUUUUUUUAAUUACAACUUAUACUACAUUUUUUUUUUAACUUGGGUCAUAAAUUACAAGUACAUAUAUUUUGUUCAUUUUGGUUGUUAGUGAUUUUUUAUUACUUCAAUGCGUGUAUAUAUUGAAACGAAGCUAAUAUUUGAUAAUAUAUCCUAAACUGAUUAAUUUGUUAUAUAUAUAUACUAUACAUAGUACAUUCAACGGUAUUCUAAAUACUAGUACCCCGGAAAAUACUCAUGCAAUUCAUAUGCAGUUGUUUUUAUUUUCCUAUUUGAUAUACAUUACAGGAAACUGUUGUAAUUAUGAUCACAUAUACAAUUCAUGAUAACAUAUUUCAGUGGUUUUUGAAUGCAUUGAUGGUGUGUAUCUUGAGGUCCAGAUUUUUUUUUAUCAAAAUUAAAAAUUCAUAAUAUACUCGUAGGUAUAGCGUCAAAUUUUUUGUAACAAAUAAUUUUAGCUAUUGAAUGUUUUCCAUUGUCAUCUUCAUAUCUGUUACCAUACAUUUAUUUCUGAGAUUAAAAACGGCGGAUCAA